UCUCUGUGGCUGUUCAGGAAUCCUCUCAUCCUCAUAUCUGGAUGUGGACUGAGGACUCAGGCGACUUAGAAAGACCUGUGUCUAAGCUUUCCCCCUACCCCCAACCCCACCCCCAUGACUGACUGAGUCUUUCUGUCCCCUACAGGACACAAGUGGACUGUAGACAAGUUCUGCGCUACUAGUUGUCCACGAUGAACGGCCAGGCCCCUCCUCAUGAUGUCGUAGUUGCCAAUGGGACUGAGAAAUUAAUUGUCCCUAAAAUCAUGAAGAACCAGUCGGAAGCCAGCACUCCUUCGAGGCCCCAAGCAGAGGCUGCCCUGCCUACUACAGCCAGAAGUAUUGCUGGGGUAUAUGUGGAGGCCUCAGGACAGACCCUGAGCAUCUAUGCUGCAAUGAAGCAGGGCCUCCUGCCCACUGGGCUUGGGGUGACUUUGCUUGAGGCCCAGGCAGCCACUGGAGGCCUCAUGGACCUUGCCCAGGGCCAGCUUCUUCCUGUGUGUGAGGCUCUAAGGCGGGGUCUGGUGGGACUGGAACUAAAGGAGAAAUUGUUGGCUGCUGAACGUGCGGUUACUGGCUAUCCCGACCCCUAUGGGGGUGAAAAGCUGUCCCUCUUCCAGGCCAUCAGGAAAGAAGUUGUAGACAAGACCCUGGGGUGGAGUUUGCUAGAGGCCCAGCUAGCUACUGGGGGCCUGGUGGACCCAACCCAGGGUGUUCAAGUAGCCCCAGAGCUAGCCUGUCAGCAGGGCCUUUUGGAUAAGGAGACAUGGCUCAGCCUGAUGGAGUCAGAGCCCAGUAUGGGUACCCCAGGCUUUUCCGACCCCAACACACUGGAGCAGCUGCCAUACUCUGCGCUGUUGGGUAGGUGUGUGCUAGACCCCAGCUCAGGGCUGCCCCUAUUGCCCUUAAAGACCACCUUCCACACCCUGGCUGGAGCAGCCAGUGCGGCAAUGCUGCUGGAGGCAGGGGUACUAAAUGAGGAGACGGUCCGAGGCCUGCAGGAGGGCACACUGGUGGUGUCAGAUGUGGGCACACGUCCCGAGGUGCAACGCUAUCUGGAAGGCACUGGAGGGUUAGCGGGGGUUGUCCUGUUGCCUGGAGGUCACAAGAAAAGCUUUUUCCAGGCUACGGUUGAACACUCGCUCUCAAAGGGCAUUGCUCUACAACUCUUAGAGGCUCAGGCUGCCACCCGCACCCUCGUGCACCCAAGCACAGGCCAGCGUCUUUGGGUGGAAGAGGCAGUCAAGACAGGCCUGGUUGGCCCAGACCUUCAUGAGCAGCUCCUGGUUGCAGAACAGGCAGUGACUGGCUAUUACGACCCUUUCAGCAGCUCCCGCAUCCCCCUUUUCCAGGCUAUGAAGAAGGGGCUUGUGGACCAGCCACUGGCUCUGCGCCUCCUGGAUGCCCAGGUAGCCACAGGUGGGCUUAUAUGCCCAGCCCGCAGAUUCCGGCUGCCCCUGGAGGCUGCCCUGCGCUUUGGCUGUCUAGAUGAAGAGACUCGGCAACGUCUCUCUCAGACAAUGGGCUUUUCAGAUCCUGCCACACACGACCGUCUUCACUAUGAACAGCUGUUGGCCCUCUCUGUCACUGACCCAGAGACAGGACUUGCUUUCCUGCCUCUCCCUGGAAUGUCCCAUGCAGAUGAGCCUCAGGGACUCCCAUUUAUUGAUCACUGUACCCGACAGGUCUUGAGCAAGGCCACGACCUCAGUCUCUGUAGGGAGGUACCAGGGCCGGCCUGUCUCCCUCUGGGAACUGCUCUUUUCUGAGGCGGUGCCCGUUAAGCAGAGAGCAAUGCUUGCCCAGAAGCACCAGAACGGAGCUCUGUCAGUGGAGGCGCUAGCAGCUGAGCUGAAGAGCAUUGUUGAGCAGGCUGCAGCAUCUGCCAAAGUCACCUUUGCUGGGUUGAGGGACACUGUGACACCGGGCGAGCUGUUGAAGGCUGAGAUAAUCAACCAGGACCUGUUUGAGAAGCUGGAGCGUGGACAGACCUCAGCCCGAGAUGUGGGCAGCCUGGACUCGGUGCAGAGGUACCUGCAGGGCACAGGUUGCAUUGCAGGCCUUCUGCUUCCUGACUCCCAGGAACGUCUCAGGAUCUAUGAGGCUCGUAGCAAGGGGCUCCUCAGGCCUGGUACUGCCCUGAUCUUGCUUGAGGCCCAGGCUGCCACAGGCUUUAUCAUUGACCCAAAAGAGAACAAGAGAUAUUCUGUAGAGGAGGCGCUGAGGGCUGGUGUCAUUGGGCCUGAUAUCUAUGCAAAGCUCCUAUCUGCAGAACGUGCCGUGACUGGCUACACGGACCCCUACUCUGGGGAGCAGAUCUCCCUCUUCCAGGCCAUGCAGAGAGACCUCAUUGUCAGAGACCACGGCAUCCGCCUGCUGGAGGCCCAGAUCGCCACCGGUGGUGUCAUUGACCCUGUGCACAGUCACCGUGUGCCCGUGGACGUGGCCUACCAACGUGGCUACUUUGAUCAGAUGCUGAACUCUAUUCUGCUGGACCCGUCUGAUGACACCAAGGGGUUCUUUGACCCCAACACGCAUGAAAAUCUCACCUACCUGCAGCUUCUGGAGCGCUGUAUACAUGACUCUGAGACAGGCCUCCACCUCCUGCCCCUUAGUGGUACACGACCCCAGCUGGUAGAUAGCUCCACUCGGCAGGCCUUCCAGAAUCUACUGAUCUCCGUGAAAUACGGGCGGUUCCGGGGGCAGAGGGUUUCUGCGUGGGAGCUGAUUAACUCUGAAUAUUUCAAAGAGGACUGGAGGAGGCAGCUACUGCGGCGCUGUCAGCAGCGCAAGAUCACGCUGGAGCAGGUCACUCAGCUGCUGGAGAAAGAGAUGAGGAGGUGGGCAGACGUCACACUGCCUGCCCUACAGGGCCGGGUCACUGCCUACCAGCUCCUAGAGGCCCACAUCAUCAACCAGGAGCUCCUGGACCAGGUACUGACAGGGACGGUCAGCCCAGAUGCCCUCCUUCACAUGGGCGAUGUUCGCAGGUACCUUCAGGGCUCAGGCACCGUGGGUGGUGUGCUAUUACAGCCCUCCAACCAGCGAAUCAGUCUCUACCAGGCCAUGAAGCAGAAGCUGCUGGCGCCUAGUGUAGCUUUGGCCUUGCUGGAGGCCCAGGCAGCCACUGGGGCCAUCACCGACCCCUGCAGUAUGCAGACCCUGUCAGUAGAUGAGGCUGUGUGCCGGGGAGUGGUAGGAGCAGAAGUGUACCACAAGCUGAAGCGAGCAGAACAUUCUAUCACUGGCUACAGAGAUCCCUUUUCUGGGAAAACGGUGUCCCUGUUCGGGGCCAUGAAGAAGGGCCUUGUUCCUGUGGAGCAGGCAACCCGCCUACUAGAGGCCCAGGUGUCCACAGGAGGGGUCGUUGACCCCACAACCCACCUCCACCUCCCCAUGUCUGUGGCCGUCCAGCGCGGUUGCAUCGAUCGAGAGAUGGAGGUGGCCUUGUCCAGAUCUCCUGAGACCUUCCCCACACCCGAUGGCCGGGGGCAUGCCAGCUAUGCCCAGCUUCUGGAACAGUGUCUCCAGGAUGAACCCUCUGGGCUUCACCUCCUGCCCCUGACAGAAGAUGCCCCCUGCGUCCCCACUGACACACAGAUCCAGGAGAGCCUGCAAGCAUUGGCUGGCACUGAAGAUGGUUUGUCCCUCUGGGACUCGCUCACCUCUUGUUACUUUACCGAGGAGCAGCGCAAUGGCUUCCUUGAAGAUGUGAGGGUUGGGAAGACGUCUGUGUCACAGCUACAGGACAUUGUGCGCAGCUGGGUGCAAACAGCAAAGCUCCUGGCCCGGGCCCGCAUCACCGUGCCGGGCCCACAGGGUGAGGUCCCUGCCGUUUGGCUACGAGAUGCUGGUAUUAUCACCCAAGAGACACUGGAAGCACUGGCACAGGGUGUUCAGUCACCAGAUGAGGUAGCUGAACAGCCUGCUGUGAAGGCCUGCCUCUGGGGUACAGGCUGCGUGGCCGGUGUGCUGCUCCAGCCCUCAGGGACCAAGUUGAGCAUUGCUCAGGCUGUAAGAGAUGGCCUCCUGCCCGCAGGCCUGGGCCAGCAGCUGCUGGAGGCCCAGGUGGCAUCCGGCUUCCUGGUCAAUCCGCUAACCAACCAGAGACUGUCAGUGCACGAUGCAGUGAAGGCUGGCUUGGUGGGCGUGGAACUGAGUGAACAGCUCAGGCAAGUAGAGAGGGCUGUGACAGGAUACUCAGACCCCUUUUCAGGAGGCCUCCUUUCUCUGUGGCAGGCCAAGGAAAAGGGGCUUGUAUCCCAAAGUGAGGCCUUUCCUCUCCUGCAAGUCCAGCUGGCCACAGGGGGUGUUGUGGACCCUGUCCAUAGAGUGCACCUGCCCCAGGCAGUGGCCUACAAGCUUGGCCUCCUGGAUGAGCAGACAAGCCAGGCUCUGACUGCCACUGGGGAGGAAAACAAGCUCUUUUUUGACCCCAACUCCCGUGAGAAGGUGACAUACCAGCAGCUCAAGGAACUCUGUGUGCUGGAUGCUGACACUGGCCUGUGGCUGCUGCCACUGCCCCAGGACACUGUGCUUGAGGUGGAUGACCAUACUGCAGUGGCGCUGAGAGCUAUGAAGGUGCCCAUCAACAUGGGGAGGUUCCAAGGACAUAGUGUGUCACUCUGGGACCUGCUACACUCUGAGUAUGUUGGAACUGAAAAGCGGAGGGAGCUGGUGGCACUUUGUUGUUCCGGGAGGGCUGCUGCCCUGCGACAGGUCAUCAGUAUGGUCACCACCCUGGUGGAGGCGGCAGAGAAGCAGCCCCCACAGGCCACCUUCAAAGGGCUCCGGAAGCAGGUUUCAGCAGGGGACUUGUUUAGGUCCCAACUGAUCACCAAGCAGACACUGGAUGAGCUCAACCAGGGAAAGAGGACAGUCGAGGAAGUGACAGAGAUGGAUAGUGUGAGGAGGUCCCUGGAAGGAGGCAACUUCAUUGCUGGGGUCCUUAUUCGGGAUACAAAAGAGAAGAUGAGUAUCCCAGAGGCCUUGAGAAGGCACAUUCUGAGGCCAGGCACAGCCCUGGUGCUGCUGGAGGCACAGGCGGCCACCGGUUUCAUCAUUGACCCCGUGGAGAACCGGAAGCUAACUGUAGAGCAGGCAUUCCAGGCAGGGAUGUUUGGUAAGGAAACCUACACGAAGCUGCUGUCAGCUGAGCGGGCCGUCACCGGCUAUACAGACCCCUACACAGGAGAACAGAUCUCUCUCUUUCAGGCCAUGCAGAGGGACCUCAUUGUCAGGGACCAUGGCAUCCGCCUGCUGGAAGCCCAGAUUGCUACAGGUGGCAUCAUUGACCCUGUACACAGCCACCGUGUGCCCGUGGACGUGGCCUACCAACGUGGCUACUUCAAUGAGGAGAUGAACCGUGUGCUGGCUGACCCAAGCGAUGACACCAAGGGCUUCUUCGACCCCAACACCCACGAGAACCUCACGUACCUGCAGCUGCUGGAGCGCUGCGUGGAGGACCCCGAGACAGGCCUGUACAUGUUGGAAAUUGUAAAGAAGGGAGAAACCUACGUGUACAUUGAUGAGGCCACAAGGCAAGCGCUGAGAUCCAGAACUAUGAAAAUGCACAUAGGGAAGUUUGCAGGCCAGACGGUAUCCGUGUGGGACCUUUUAUCCUCCCAGUAUUUUACAGAAGGAAGGAAAAGAAAGCUUUUGCGGGAAUACAGGGCCCAGAACAUAGGCCUAGAGAAACUGCUGGAGGUUAUUACCUCUACUGUGGAAGACACGGAGAAGCAAAGCCAAAUAUUCAAAGUACCGGGCAUUCAUGGUGAUGUGACGGCUGUGGAACUAUUCAACUCCGGAAUCCUUGAUAAGAGGACCCUAGACGCGCUCCACAGUGGGGAGAGAGGGCGCCAGGACCUCUGCCAGCUGGAGCAUAUAAAAAUCUACCUGGAAGGCACCAAUUGCAUUGCUGGAGUGACAGCACCACUAACCCAGAAGAUGAUGAGCUUCUACAAGGCCAGCAAGGAAGAGCUCAUCCCCGCAGGGUUCGCAGCCCAGUUACUGGAGGCACAGGCUGCCACUGGGUACUUAAUGGACCCUUGCACCUGCCGGAGGUUGUGUGUGGAUGAGGCCAUAGCAGCUGGCCUGGUGGGUGAAGACCUGAGAGAGAGGCUUGUGAGCGCACAGAAGGCAGCGAAGGGCUAUGAAGACCCAGCCACAGGGGAGACUCUUCCACUGUUCCAGGCCAUGGAGAAGAAGUUAGUCGGGAGGGAGGAGGCCCUGAGGCUGCUGGAGGUGCAGGUGGCCACGGGCGGGGUCAUUGACCCACUACACCGCCAUCGUAUCCCUCUGGAUGUAGCCUGUCAGAGGGGAUGUCUGUGUGAAGACAUCAUUGUGCUCAUUGCUGACCAAAAGCAUAUGAGGAGAAGGUUCGUGGAUCCCAACACACAAGAAAAGGUCACAUACCAGGAGCUGCAGGACCGGUGCCGGCAGGAGGAGAAGUCAGGCUGGGCACUGUUCCCAGUGGUCAAGGACAAAAAAGACAUGGACUAUGUUGAUGAGGCCACCAAAAGGGCCCUGGAGGCAGAGCAGGUGGAAGUGACUGUGGGGAGAUACAGAGGCCAGAAGCGAUCCGUGUGGGAGCUGCUGAACUCAGAAUAUUUUUCUGAGGAGAAGAAGAUUGAAUUAGUUAGAAUAUACAAAGAAGACACAGCCCGGGCACUGCAGAAAGUUGUAAAACUUAUUCUAAAAAUCAUUGCAGACAAGGAAGGGAGAAGCAGGCAACUCUGGUUCCGAGGAUUACGAACUCAGGUCACAGCUGAGGAACUGCUGAGCGCAGCGGUCAUCACCAGAAAGACUCUGGAGGACCUGGAGGACGGCAGAGCUACAGUGGAUCAGAUUGAAGAGAAGGAAGAUGUGAAGAGAUACCUGAAAGGCACGAGUUGCAUAGCUGGUGUCCUGGUGCCCGUGCAGGGGGUGCCUGGCCGUCAGGAGAAGAUGAGCAUCUAUCAGGCCAUGUGGAAGGGCCUGCUGAGGCCCGGCACAGCCCUGGUGCUGCUGGAGGCUCAGGCGGCCACCGGCUUCAUCAUUGACCCGGUGCACAACCGCAGACUGUCUGUGGAGGAGGCCGUGGCUGCAGGCGUGGUGGGGGGAGAGAUCCAGGAGAAGCUGCUGUCAGCUGAGCGUGCUGUCACUGGCUACACGGACCCCUACACUGGGGGAGGAUCCCUCUUCCAGGCCAUGCAGAGGGACCUCAUUGUCAAGAACCAUGGCAUUCGCCUCCUGGAAGCCCAGAUCGCCACAGGCGGUGUCAUUGACCCCGUGCAUAGCCACCGUGUUCCCGUGGACGUGGCCUACAAACGUGGCUACUUUGAUGAGGAGAUGAACAGCAUUUUGGCAGACCCUGGUGAUGACACCAAGGGCUUCUUUGACCCCAACACGCACGAGAACCUCACGUAUCUGCAGCUGCUCAGGCGCUGUGUGCGGGACCCAGAGACCGGGUUCUACAUGCUGCAGCUGGCAGGAAAGGGCUCCAGUGUGUACCACGUGAGCGAGGACCUGAGACGUGCCCUGCGAGAGGCCCGUGUGAGCCCAGGCACAGUGGACUUCCAGGGCCAGAGCAUCUCUGUGUGGGAGCUUCUCUUCUACAGAGAGGUGCCCGAGAGUCUGCGCCAGGACCUGCUGCGCCGGUACCAGGCAGGUGGGCUGAGCGUUCAGGACGUGAGCACCACACUCACCUCACUGCUGGCCCGAACCAAGGAGGGGAGCCCUCGUGCCGAUCCGCAAGGAACCCUGGGGAAGGCCACCAUGGAAGUAAAACGGGGUCAUCUCCGGGGCCGUGAGGUCCCAGUGUGGAACGUUCUGACAUCCAACUAUGUGAGCAGGGACACCAGGAAGGAGCUGCUGGCCCAGUUCAGCUCUGGGACACUGACUCUGCCCAUGCUGAAGAGGAGACUGACCACCAUUAUUGAAGAGACCGAGGAGACACAGGAGUCCCAGGCAGGGCACAGUGUCACCUCCCUUAAGCAACAGGAGACCGGGGCCGGAAGCUCAGGGCCUAUGCUGCAAAAAGGCGAAGCUGGGGACAGCACAGACAGUGCCAGGCAGCAACAGGAGCAGACCCUGCGUGCUGCCACCAUGCAGGUACACCGUGGGCAGUUCCGGGACCAGCCAGUUUCAGUGUGGAAGGUCCUGUUCUCCUCCUACCUAAGUGAGACCCGGGAGGAGCUCCUGUCCCAGCACUUGGCCGGCAGGCUGGGGGUCAAUGAACUAAUUUCCAUCCUCGUCCAAGUCAUCGAGGAGACAGAAGAGAGGCUCAGCAAGGUGUCUUUACCUGGCCUGAGGCGCCAGGUGACCGUGACGGAGUUGGGUAACACUGGCAUCCUGGACCCUGAUACCAUCGCAGAACUGGCCCAGGGCACCAGGACCAUAGAUGAGGUGACAGAGAUGGACUCUGUCAAGCGCUACCUGAAGGGCACCAGCUGCAUAGCGGGUAUCCUGGUGCCCGCAGGGGAGCCUGGCCGUCAGGAGAAGAUGAGCAUCUAUCAGGCCAUGUGGAAGGGCCUGCUGAGGCGCACAGCCCUGGUGCUGCUGGAGGCUCAGGCGGCCACCGGCUUCAUCAUUGACCCGUUCAACCGCAGACUGUCUGUGGAGGAGGCCGUGGCUGCAGGCGGUGGGGGAGAGAUCCAGGAGAAGCUGCUGUCAGCUGAGCAUGCUGUCACUGGCUACACGGACCCCUACACUGGGGAGCAGAUCUCCCUCUUCCAGGCCAUGCAGAGGGACCUCAUUGUGGAAGACCAUGGCAUUCGCCUCCUGGAAGCCCAGAUCGCCACAGGCGGUGUCAUUGACCCCGUGCAUAGCCACCGUGUUCCCGUGGACGUGGCCUACAAACGUGGCUACUUUGAUGAGGAGAUGAACAGCAUUUUGGCAGACCCUGGUGAUGACACCAAGGGCUUCUUUGACCCCAACACGCACGAGAACCUCACGAUCUGCAGCUGCUCAGGCGCUGUGUGGGACCCAGAGACCGGGUUCUACAUGCUGCAGCUGGCAGGAAAGGGCUCCAGUGUGUACCACGUGAGCGAGGACCUGAGACGUGCCCUCCGAGAGGCCCGUGUGAGCCCAGGCACAGUGGACUUCCAGGGCCAGAGCAUCUCUGUGUGGGAGCUUCUCUUCUACAGAGAGGUGCCCGAGAGUCUGCGCCAGGACCUGCUGCGCCGGUACCAGGCAGGUGGGCUGAGCGUUCAGGACGUGAGCACCACACUCACCUCACUGCUGGCCCGAACCAAGGAGGGGAGCCCUCGUGCCGAUCCGCAAGGAACCCUGGGGAAGGCCACCAUGGAAGUAAAACGGGGUCAUCUCCGGGGCCGUGAGGUCCCAGUGUGGAACGUUCUGACAUCCAACUAUGUGAGCAGGGACACCAGGAAGGAGCUGCUGGCCCAGUUCAGCUCUGGGACACUGACUCUGCCCAUGCUGAAGAGGAGACUGACCACCAUUAUUGAAGAGACCGAGGAGACACAGGAGUCCCAGGCAGGGCACAGUGUCACCUCCCUUAAGCAACAGGAGACCGGGGCCGGAAGCUCAGGGGCCUAUGCUGACAAGGGCAAAGCUGGGGACAGCACAGACAGUGCCAGGCAGCAACAGGAGCAGACCCUGCGUGCUGCCACCAUGCAGGUGCGCCGUGGGCAGUUCCGGGACCAGCCAGUUUCAGUGUGGAAGGUCCUGUUCUCCUCCUACCUAAGUGAGACCACCCGGCGGGAGGAGCUCCUGUCCCAGCACUUGGCCGGCACUGGGGUCAAUGAACUAAUUUCCAUCCUCGUCCAAGUCAUCGAGGAGACAGAAGAGAGGCUCAGCAAGGUGUCUUUACCUGGCCUGAGGCCCAGUGACCGUGUCGAGUUGGGUAACACUGGCAUCCUGGACCCUGAUACCAUGCGAGAACUGGCCCAGGGCACCAGGACCAUAGAUGAGGUGACAGAGAUGGACUCUGUCAAGCGCCACCUGAAGGGCACCAGCUGCAUAGCGGGUAUCCUGGUGCCCGUGCAGGGGGAGCCUGGCCGUCAGGAGAAGAUGAGCAUCUAUCAGGCCAUGUGGAAGGGCCUGCUGAGGCGCACAGCCCUGGUGCUGCUGGAGGCUCAGGCGGCCACCGGCUUCAUCAUUGACCCGUUCAACCGCAGACUGUCUGUGGAGGAGGCCGUGGCUGCAGGCGGUGGGGGAGAGAUCCAGGAGAAGCUGCUGUCAGCUGAGCGUGCUGUCACUGGCUACACGGACCCCUACACUGGGGAGCAGAUCUCCCUCUUCCAGGCCAUGCAGGACCUCAUUGUGAAAGACCAUGGCAUUCGCCUCCUGGAAGCCCAGAUCGCCACAGGCGGUGUCAUACCCGUGCAUAGCCACCGUGUUCCCGUGGGCGUGGCCUACAAACGUGGCUACUUUGAUGAGGAGAUGAACAGCAUUUUGGCAGACCCUGGUGAUGACACCAAGGGCUUCUUUGACCCCAACACGCACGAGAACCUCACGUAUCUGCAGCUGCUCAGGCGCUGUGUGCGGGACCCAGAGACCGGGUUCUACAUGCUGCAGCUGGCAGGAAAGGGCUCCAGUGUGUACCACGUGAGCGAGGACCUGAGACGUGCCCUGCGAGAGGCCCGUGUGAGCCCAGGCACAGUGGACUCAGGCCAGAGCAUCUCUGUGUGGGAGCUUCUCUUCUACAGAGAGGUGCCCGAGAGUCUCGCCCAGGACCUGCUGCGCCGGUACCAGGCAGGUGGGCUGAGCGUUCAGGGCGUGAGCACCACACUCACCUCACUGCUGGCCCGAACCAAGGAGGGGGAGCCCUCGUGCCCGAUCCAAGGAACCCUGGGGAAGGCCACCAUGGAAGUAAAACGGGGUCAUCUCCGGGGCCGUGAGGUCCCAGUGUGGAACGUUCUGACAUCCAACUAUGUGAGCAGGGACACCAGGAAGGAGCUGCUGGCCCAGUUCAGCUCUGGGACACUGACUCUGCCCAUGCUGAAGAGGAGACUGACCACCAUUAUUGAAGAGACCGAGGAGACACAGGAGUCCCAGGCAGGGCACAGUGUCACCUCCCUUAAGCAACAGGAGACCGGGGCCGGAAGCUCAGGGGCCUAUGCUGACAAGGGCGAAGCUGGGGACAGCACAGACAGUGCCAGGCAGCAACAGGAGCAGACCCUGCGUGCUGCCACCAUGCAGGUACGCCGUGGGCAGUUCCGGGACCAGCCAGUUUCAGUGUGGAAGGUCCUGUUCUCCUCCUACCUAAGUGAGACCCGCCGGGAGGAGCUCCUGUCCCAGCACUUGGCCGGCAGGCUGGGGGUCAAUGAACUAAUUUCCAUCCUCGUCCAAGUCAUCGAGGAGACAGAAGAGAGGCUCAGCAAGGUGUCUUUACCUGGCCUGAGGCGCCAGGUGACCGUAUCGGAGUUGGGUAACACUGGCAUCCUGGACCCUGAUAAUCGAGAACUGGCCCAGGGCACCAGGACCAUAGAUGAGGUGACAGAGAUGGACUCUGUCAAGCGCUACCUGAAGGGCACCAGCUGCAUAGCGGGUAUCCUGGUGCCCGCAGGGGAGCCUGGCCGUCAGGAGAAGAUGAGCAUCUAUCAGGCCAUGUGGAAGGGCCUGCUGAGGCGCACAGCCCUGGUGCUGCUGGAGGCUCAGGCGGCCACCGGCUUCAUCAUUGACCCGGUGCUCAACCGCAGACUGUCUGUGGAGGAGGCCGUGGCUGCAGGCGUGGUGGGGGGAGAGAUCCAGGAGAAGCUGCUGUCAGCUGAGCGUGCUGUCACUGGCUACACGGACCCCUACACUGGGGAGCAGAUCUCCCUCUUCCAGGCCAUGCAGAGGGACCUCAUUGUGAAAGACCAUGGCAUUCGCCUCCUGGAAGCCCAGAUCGCCACAGGCGGUGUCAUUGACCCCGUGCAUAGCCACCGUGUUCCCGUGGACGUGGCCUACAAACGUGGCUACUUUGAUGAGGAGAUGAACAGCAUUUUGGCAGACCCUGGUGAUGACACCAAGGGCUUCUUUGACCCCAACACGCACGAGAACCUCACGUAUCUGCAGCUGCUCAGGCGCUGGGACCCAGAGACCGGGUUCUACAUGCUGCAGCUGGCAGGAAAGGGCUCCAGUGUGUACCACGUGAGCGAGGACCUGAGACGUGCCCUGCGAGAGGCCCGUGUGAGCCCAGGCACAGUGGACUUCCAGGGCCAGAGCAUCUCUGUGUGGGAGCUUCUCUUCUACAGAGAGGUGCCCGAGAGUCUGCGCCAGGACCUGCUGCGCCGGUACCAGGCAGGUGGGCUGAGCGUUCAGGACGUGAGCACCACACUCACCUCACUGCUGGCCCGAACCAAGGAGGGGAGCCCUCGUGCCGAUCCGCAAGGAACCCUGGGGAAGGCCACCAUGGAAGUAAAACGGGGUCAUCUCCGGGGCCGUGAGGUCCCAGUGUGGAACGUUCUGACAUCCAACUAUGUGAGCAGGGACACCAGGAAGGAGCUGCUGGCCCAGUUCAGCUCUGGGACACUGACUCUGCCCAUGCUGAAGAGGAGACUGACCACCAUUAUUGAAGAGACCGAGGAGACACAGGAGUCCCAGGCAGGGCACAGUGUCACCUCCCUUAAGCAACAGGAGACCGGGGCCGAAGCUCAGGGGCCUAUGCUGACAAGGGCGAAAGCUGGGGACAGCACAGACAGUGCCAGGCAGCAACAGGAGCAGACCCUGCGUGCUGCCACCAUGCAGGUACGCCGGGGCAGUCCGGACCAGCCAGUUUCAGUGUGGAAGGUCCUGUUCUCCUCCUACCUAAGUGAGACCCGCCGGGAGGAGCUCCUGUCCCAGCACUUGGCCGGCAGGCUGGGGGUCAAUGAACUAAUUUCCAUCCUCGUCCAAGUCAUCGAGGAGACAGAAGAGAGGCUCAGCAAGGUGUCUUUACCUGGCCUGAGGCGCCAGGUGACCGUAUCGGAGUUGGGUAACACUGGCAUCCUGGACCCUGAUACCAUGCGAGAACUGGCCCAGGGCACCAGGACCAUAGAUGAGGUGACAGAGAUGGACUCUGUCAAGCGCUACCUGAAGGGCACCAGCUGCAUAGCGGGUAUCCUGGUGCCCGUGCAGGGGGAGCCUGGCCGUCAGGAGAAGAUGAGCAUCUAUCAGGCCAUGUGGAAGGGCCUGCUGAGGCCCGGCACAGCCCUGGUGCUGCUGGAGGCUCAGGCGGCCACCGGCUUCAUCAUUGACCCGGUGCUCAACCGCAGACUGUCUGUGGAGGAGGCCGUGGCUGCAGGCGUGGUGGGGGGAGAGAUCCAGGAGAAGCUGCUGUCAGCUGAGCGUGCUGUCACUGGCUACACGGACCCCUACACUGGGGGAGCAGAUCUCCUCUUCCAGGCCAUGCAGAGGGACCUCAUUGUGAAAGACCAUGGCAUUCGCCUCCUGGAAGCCCAGAUCGCCACAGGCGGUGUCAUUGACCCCGUGCAUAGCCACCGUGUUCCCGUGGACGUGGCCUACAAACGUGGCUACUUUGAUGAGGAGAUGAACAGCAUUUUGGCAGACCCUGGUGAUGACACCAAGGUUUUUGACCCCAACACGCACGAGAACCUCACGUAUCUGCAGCUGCUCAGGCGCUGUGUGCGGGACCCAGAGAGGUUCUACAUGCUGCAGCUGGCAGGAAAGGUCAGUGUGUACCACGUGAGCGAGGACCUGAGGCGUGCCCUCGAGGCCCGUGUGAGCCCAGGCACAGUGGACUUCCAGGGCCAGAGCAUCUCUGUGUGGGAGCUUCUCUUCUACAGAGAGGUGCCCGAGAGUCUGCGCCAGGACCGGCUGCGCCGGUACCAGGCAGGUGGGCUGAGCGUUCAGGACGUGAGCACCACACUCACCUCACUGCUGGCCCGAACCAAGGAGGGGAGCCCUCGUGCCGAUCCGCAAGGAACCCUGGGGAAGGCCACCAUGGAAGUAAAACGGGGUCAUCUCCGGGGCCGUGAGGUCCCAGUGUGGAACGUUCUGACAUCCAACUAUGUGAGCAGGGACACCAGGAAGGAGCUGCUGGCCCAGUUCAGCUCUGGGACACUGACUCUGCCCAUGCUGAAGAGGAGACUGACCACCAUUAUUGAAGAGACCGAGGAGACACAGGAGUCCCAGGCAGGGCACAGUGUCACCUCCCUUAAGCAACAGGAGACCGGGGCCGGAAGCUCAGGGGCCUAUGCUGACAAGGGCGAAGCUGGGGACAGCACAGACAGUGCCAGGCAGCAACAGGAGCAGACCCUGCGUGCUGCCACCAUGCAGGUACGCCGUGGGCAGUUCCGGGACCAGCCAGUUUCAGUGUGGAAGGUCCUGUUCUCCUCCUACCUAAGUGAGACCCGCCGGGAGGAGCUCCUGUCCCAGCACUUGGCCGGCAGGCUGGGGGUCAAUGAACUAAUUUCCAUCCUCGUCCAAGUCAUCGAGGAGACAGAAGAGAGGCUCAGCAAGGUGUCUUUACCUGGCCUGAGGCGCCAGGUGACCGUAUCGGAGUUGGGUAACACUGGCAUCCUGGACCCUGAUACCAUGCGAGAACUGGCCCAGGGCACCAGGACCAUAGAUGAGGUGACAGAGAUGGACUCUGUCAAGCGCUACCUGAAGGGCACCAGCUGCAUAGCGGUAUCCUGGUGCCCUGCAGGGGAGCCUGGCCGUCAGGAGAAGAUGAGCAUCUAUCAGGCCAUGUGGAAGGGCCUGCUGAGGCGCACAGCCCUGGUGCUGCUGGAGGCUCAGGCGGCCAGCUUCAUCAUUGACCCGGUGCUCAACCGCAGACUGUCUGUGGAGGAGGCCGUGGCUGCAGGCGGUGGGGGAGAGAUCCAGGAGAAGCUGCUGUCAGCUGAGCGUGCUGUCACUGGCUACACGGACCCCUACACUGGGGAGCAGAUCCUCUUCCAGGCCAUGCAGAGGGACCUCAUUGGCCAGAAAGACCAUGGCAUUCGCCUCCUGGAAGCCCAGAUCGCCACAGGCGUGUCAUUACCCCUGCAUAGCCACCGUGUUCCCGUGGACGUGGCCUACAAACGUGGCUACUUUGAUGAGGAGAUGAACAGCAUUUUGGCAGACCCUGGUGAUGACACCAAGGGCUUCUUUGACCCCAACACGCACGAGAACCUCACGAUCUGCAGCUGCUCAGGCGCUGUGUGGGACCCAGAGACCGGGUUCUACAUGCUGCAGCUGGCAGGAAAGGGCUCCAGUGUGUACCACGUGAGCGAGGACCUGAGACGUGCCCUGCGAGAGGCCCGUGUGAGCCCAGGCACAGUGGACUUCCAGGGCCAGAGCAUCUCUGUGUGGGAGCUUCUCUUCUACAGAGAGGUGCCCGAGAGUCUGCGCCAGGACCUGCUGCGCCGGUACCAGGCAGGUGGGCUGAGCGUUCAGGACGUGAGCACCACACUCACCUCACUGCUGGCCCGAACCAAGGAGGGGAGCCCUCGUGCCGAUCCGCAAGGAACCCUGGGGAAGGCCACCAUGGAAGUAAAACGGGGUCAUCUCCGGGGCCGUGAGGUCCCGGUGUGGAACGUUCUGACAUCCAACUAUGUGAGCAGGGACACCAGGAAGGAGCUGCUGGCCCAGUUCAGCUCUGGGACACUGACUCUGCCCAUGCUGAAGAGGAGACUGACCACCAUUAUUGAAGAGACCGAGGAGACACAGGAGUCCCAGGCAGGGCACAGGCACAGUGUCACCUCCCUUAAGCAACAGGAGACCGGGGCCGGAAGCUCAGGGGCCUAUGCUGACAAGGGCGAAGCUGGGGACAGCACAGACAGUGCCAGGCAGCAACAGGAGCAGACCCUGCGUGCUGCCACCAUGCAGGUACGCCGUGGGCAGUUCCGGGACCAGCCAGUUUCAGUGUGGAAGGUCCUGUUCUCCUCCUACCUAAGUGAGACCCGCCGGGAGGAGCUCCUGUCCCAGCACUUGGCCGGCAGGCUGGGGGUCAAUGAACUAAUUUCCAUCCUCGUCCAAGUCAUCGAGGAGGCAGAAGAGAGGCUCAGCAAGGUGUCUUUACCUGGCCUGAGGCGCCAGGUGACCGUGUCGGAGUUGGGUAACACUGGCAUCCUGGACCCUGAUAAUCGAGAACUGGCCCAGGGCACCAGGACCAUAGAUGAGGUGACAGAGAUGGACUCUGUCAAGCGCUACCUGAAGGGCACCAGCUGCAUAGCGGGUAUCCUGGUGCCCGUGCAGGGGGAGCCUGGCCGUCAGGAGAAGAUGAGCAUCUAUCAGGCCAUGUGGAAGGGCCUGCUGAGGCCCGGCACAGCCCUGGUGCUGCUGGAGGCUCAGGCGGCCACCGGCUUCAUCAUUGACCCGGUGCACAACCGCAGACUGUCUGUGGAGGAGGCCGUGGCUGCAGGCGUGGUGGGGGGAGAGAUCCAGGAGAAGCUGCUGUCAGCUGAGCGUGCUGUCACUGGCUACACGGACCCCUACACUGGGGAGCAGAUCUCCCUCUUCCAGGCCAUGCAGAGGGACCUCAUUGUGAAAGACCAUGGCAUUCGCCUCCUGGAAGCCCAGAUCGCCACAGGCGGUGUCAUUGACCCCGUGCAUAGCCACCGUGUUCCCGUGGACGUGGCCUACAAACGUGGCUACUUUGAUGAGGAGAUGAACAGCAUUUUGGCAGACCCUGGUGAUGACACCAAGGGCUUCUUUGACCCCAACACGCACGAGAACCUCACGUAUCUGCAGCUGCUCAGGCGCUGUGUGCGGGACCCAGAGACCGGGUUCUACAUGCUGCAGCUGGCAGGAAAGGGCUCCAGUGUGUACCACGUGAGCGAGGACCUGAGACGUGCCCUGCGAGAGGCCCGUGUGAGCCCAGGCACAGUGGACUUCCAGGGCCAGAGCAUCUCUGUGUGGGAGCUUCUCUUCUACAGAGAGGUGCCCGAGAGUCUGCGCCAGGACCUGCUGCGCCGGUACCAGGCAGGUGGGCUGAGCGUUCAGGACGUGAGCACCACACUCACCUCACUGCUGGCCCGAACCAAGGAGGGAGCCCUCGUGCCGAUCCAUGGAACCCUGGGGAAGGCCACCAUGGAAGUAAAUGGGUCAUCUCCGGGGCGUGAGGUCCCGUGUGGAAACGCUCUGACAUCCAACUAUGUGAGCAGGGACACCAGGAAGGAGCUGCUGGCCCAGUUCAGCUCUGGGACACUGACUCUGCCCAUGCUGAAGAGGAGACUGACCACCAUUAUUGAAGAGACCGAGGAGACACAGGAGUCCCAGGCAGGGCACAGUGUCACCUCCCUUAAGCAACAGGAGACCGGGGCCGGAAGCUCAGGGGCCUAUGCUGACAAGGGCGAAGCUGGGGACAGCACAGACAGUGCCAGGCAGCAACAGGAGCAGACCCUGCGUGCUGCCACCAUGCAGGCACGCCGUGGGCAGUUCCGGGACCAGCCAGUUUCAGUGUGGAAGGUCCUGUUCUCCUCCUACCUAAGUGGGACCCGCCGGGAGGAGUUCCUGUCCCAGCACUUGGCCUGCAGGCUGGGGGUCAAUGAACUACUUUCCAUCCUCGUCCAAGUCAUCGAGGAGACAGAAGAGAGGCUCAGCAAGGUGUCUUUACCUGUCCUGAGGCGCCAGGUGACCGUGUCGGAGUUGGGUAACACUGGCAUCCUGGACCCUGAUACCAUCCGAGAACUGGCCCAGGGCACCAGGACCAUAGAUGAGGUGACAGAGAUGGACUCUGUCAAGCGCUACCUGAAGGGCACCAGCUGCAUAGCGGGUAUCCUGGUGCCCGUGCAGGGGGAGCCUGGCCGUCAGGAGAAGAUGAGCAUCUAUCAGGCCAUGUGGAAGGGCCUGCUGAGGCCCGGCACAGCCCUGGUGCUGCUGGAGGCUCAGGCGGCCACCGGCUUCAUCAUUGACCCGGUGCUCAACCGCAGACUGUCUGUGGAGGAGGCCGUGGCUGCAGGCGUGGUGGGGGGAGAGAUCCAGGAGAAGCUGCUGUCAGCUGAGCGUGCUGUCACUGGCUACACGGACCCCUACACUGGGGAGCAGAUCUCCCUCUUCCAGGCCAUGCAGAGGGACCUCAUUGUGAAAGACCAUGGCAUUCGCCUCCUGGAAGCCCAGAUCGCCACAGGCGGUGUCAUUGACCGUAGCCACCGUGUUCCCGUGGACGUGGCCUACAAACGUGGCUACUUUGAUGAGGAGAUGAACAGCAUUUUGGCAGACCCUGGUGAUGACACCAAGGGCUUCUUUGACCCCAACACGCACGAGAACCUCACGUAUCUGCAGCUGCUCAGGCGCUGUGUGCGGGACCCAGAGACCGGGUUCUACAUGCUGCAGCUGGCAGGAAAGGGCUCCAGUGUGUACCACGUGAGCGAGGACCUGAGACGUGCCCUGCGAGAGGCCCGUGUGAGCCCAGGCACAGUGGACUUCCAGGGCCAGAGCAUCUCUGUGUGGGAGCUUCUCUUCUACAGAGAGGUGCCCGAGAGUCUCGCCAGGACCUGCUGCGCCGGGUACCAGGCAGGUGGGCUGGCGCCCAGGGGCGUGAGCACCACACUCACCUCACUGCUGGCCCAACCAAGAGGGAGCCCUCGUGCCGAUCCGCAAGGAACCCUGGGGAAGGCCACCAUGGAAGUAAAACGGGGUCAUCUCCGGGGCCGUGAGGUCCCGGUGUGGGACGUUCUGACAUCCAACUAUGUGAGCAGGGACACCCGGAAGGAGCUGCUGGCCCAGUUCAGCUCUGGGACACUGACUCUGCCCAUGCUGAAGAGGAGACUGACCACCAUUAUUGAAGAGACCGAGGAGACACAGGAGUCCCAGGCAGGGCACAGUGUCACCUCCCUUAAGCAACAGGAGACCGGGGCCGAAGCUCAGGGGCCCUACGCUGACAAGGGGGCUGGGGACAGCACAGACAGUGCCAGGCAGCAACAGGAGCAGACCCUGCGUGCUGCCACCAUGCAGGUACGCCGUGGGCAGUUCCGGGACCAGCCAGUUUCAGUGUGGAAAGUCCUGUUCUCCUCCUACCUAAGUGAGACCCGCCGGGAGGAGCUCCUGUCCCAGCACUUGGCCGGCAGGCUGGGGGUCAAUGAACUAAUUUCCAUCCUCGUCCAAGACAUUGAGGAGACAGAAGAGAGGCUCAGCAAGGUGUCUUUCCCUGGCCUGAGGCGCCAGGUGACCGCAUCUGAGUUGAGUAUCACUGGCAUCCUGGACCCUGAUACCAUGCGAGAACUGGCCCAGGGCACCAGGACCAUAGAUGAGGUGACAGAGAUGGACUCUGUCAAGCGCUACCUGAAGGGCACCAGCUGCAUAGCGGGUAUCCUGGUGCCCGUGCAGGGGGAGCCUGGCCGUCAGGAGAAGAUGAGCAUCUAUCAGGCCAUGUGGAAGGGCCUGCUGAGGCCCGGCACAGCCCUGGUGCUGCUGGAGGCUCAGGCGGCCACCGGCUUCAUCAUUGACCCGGUGCUCAACUGCAGACUGUCUGUGGAGGAGGCCGUGGCUGAAGGUGUGGUCGGCGGGGAGAUCCGAGAGAAGCUGCUGUCAGCUGAGCGUGCUGUCACUGGCUACACGGACCCCUACACUGGGGAGCAGAUCUCUCUCUUCCAGGCCAUGCAGAGGGACCUCAUUGUCAAGAACCAUGGCAUUCGCCUCCUGGAAGCCCAGAUCGCCACAGGUGGUGUCAUUGACCCCGUGCAUAGCCACCGUGUUCCCGUGGACGUGGCCUACAAACGUGGCUACUUUGAUGAGGAGAUGAACAGCAUUUUGGCAGACCCUGGUGAUGACACCAAGGGCUUCUUUGACCCCAACACACACGAGAACCUCACGUACCUACAGCUUUUGCAGAGAGCUACAGUUGACCCGGAGACAGGAUUGUUGUUUCUUUCCCUCCUUAAGGGCUGAAAAAAAUAUUUUUUUUUAUUACUCCUCUGAAUUAAUGGAAGGUGCCUCAGCAUUCUCAUAGACCUUGACUUGUAUCAUUGGUUUCUUCUAAUACUCUCAUUUCUUUUUUAUUAAGGUGUAAUUUUUUAGGUAAUGCUCUUUUCUUGCUACCCUUGUGCUUCUGAUUGGUACUUUUGUGUCCCAUAUAUUUUCUCCCUCCUUUUGUCUAUUUGGAUUUUUUUUUUCGGCAACCCUUUAUAAUUUCCUCCUGUUUUUCCUUAUGACUGUUUUCUGUUGCUGCUUUAGGGAGCAUGACAUUGGAGGGUUUUGGGUUUUGGUAUUUUGGUUCCAAGACAAAGUUUCCCUUGGCUCUCUUCAUACUCACUCUGUUGAACAGUGUGGUGUCAAACUCAGAGAUUCACCUGCCUCUGCGUCCCAAAGACUGACAUUAAAGUCUUGCGCCACCACUGCCCAGUCAAAGAGGUGGUCUUUUAAUUGAGGCUUUCUCUGACAGCAGGGCAAUCAAUCGAUUUGCUGUGCUCACUCUUCUCAAAUUGGCAAUCUUUUCUAUUGGUUUCCCAGUUUCUGGGAUUGCACGUGUAAAUCACCCGGCUUGGACAAAACCUUCAACAUUUUUAAUAUGGCCACUUUUGUACACGGUAUGUCUUGAUUUGCCGCCUGUAUUUAGUAUCAUGCUGUUCAUCUUCUCUCCAUGUACCUCUGAGACAUCUCGGUUCCGUGUAUCACAGUUUUUAGUGCACACAUAUCUUUUGAUAAUAAAUGAAUGUUCUGCCCUCA